AUGUUCAGGGGACCGAAGCCCCCCAUCGCCCCUAAGCCCAGGCUGGAUGCCCCCCACGAGUGGCGAGCCAGCGUCUACAUAAACAACAGCUUAAACAAAUGUAGCAAUGGGAAGCUGCUCUGUGUGGACAGCGGGCUUGACACGGAGCAGCGGUCCAACCUGGAGUGCUCUGAGUCAGAGGCGGACGAGGACUACAUUGUGAUCCCCAAGGCGUCCCUGAGAGAGGACAAGCCCCCAGAUGAGGGCUGUGCCGAGAAUGAGGUCUUGAUGUCCCCAGGGGCUCCUGGGGACGAGGAAGUUGAGGAGGAGCGAGGGGCCGAGUGCACUGUGGAGGGGACAGGAACCGGAGAGGACAGGACACUGAGUACAGACAGUGAUGGAGGCGUGGACCAGGCUACUGAGAACAUGGCCAGGGAGGAGGACUGUGAAGAGGCUGAGGAGAGGGCGCUCAGACAGGAGGAAGAGAAGCCAGUAGAAGAACACAAUGAGUACAGCCAGGAAGACCAGGGACCUUGGGACAGAGAGGAGGUCUUCCAGAGUGAUAUCGUCCUGACCCAAGUUGAACUAGAGGAUCCAGCAGCCCCAGGUGAGGGAUCUACACCCCCUGAUAUGCCCUUGGAGGUGGAAGAAGACAGUGAGAAAGAUAGCGUCACUGUGGAACCAGGAGGCCCGGAUGAGCAAGUGGACUGCCACAGCCCCAUUGAGGCGGAGAGUGCGGCGGCCAGCAGUGAGCCCACAGAGCAGGAGGACUUGGCCUCAGAGGUCCUGGAGUCAGAUGAGACUGUAGAAAACCUGGAAGUCGCUGGGGAGCUGGGUGAAGAUUCCACAGUGGAAGGUGGCCUGGCUGAUGAUAUCCCUCCUGACCCAGAUGAAAGCAUGGGCCAGGAGGUGGAUGAAGAACCUCAGGGAGGCGGGGGCCCCACAGAGGAUGAACCUGCCGAGGAGAGCUACCAGAUCAUUCCAUUUGAGAACGACAGCAUUGACAGUUUCAUGACAUCCCUUACAGGGAGUCCCUAUGAGUUCUUCCCAACUGAGAGCACCUCUUUUUGUAGCGAAAGCUAUUCACCUUUUCCCAAAUCAGCAGAAGGCUUAGAAUCAGAGCAGGAGUCAAAGGUAGAGUGGUGUGCACCUGGGGACCCAGAGGCCAGGACUGAGUGUGGCCAGCGUGACCCUGUGGAGAGCCCUGCCUGUGAGGGUCCCUCUGUCCCUGAGGUGGAAGACCUUCCAGAGGACAACCUGGACAAGGAUACUGUGGACGACUCCCUCACCAACCCCUAUGUGAUUGGUGUCGGCCUUGCGUGCUGGGCUGGCCAGUGUGAGAUGCAGACAGGGGCCAACGCUCUGAGUGGUUAUGGCACGAGGGAAGACGCGAGCUCUGAUGUGGAAGGCAACCUGCUCUCCAUCGACAGGAAAAACCUCGUCACAAGAGUCCGGCCCCACUCUGGCAAGGUGGCGGGCUACGUGCCAGAAACUGUCCCAGAAGAAAGUGGACCAGAAGCUGGUUCAGCGGCCGUUGGCAGCAGAGGUACCAUUGUAGAAACAAAAAAGACAGGUUCAUCCUUGGAGGGGAAGCUUCCAGAAGCUACCAGCAGGGCCCUGCCAGCCAAGCCCAGAGCCUUUACUCUGUACCCACGAUCGUUCUCUGUGGAAGGCCGAGAGAUUCCAUUUUCACUGUUCCAUGAGGCAGACGGAUAUGGGUUAGAUGACCCUCGGAUAAAAAGAGAGGACAACCUUUCUCUGCCCUGUAUGAUCGGCUCUUCAGGAAGCUUCUCUCAGAGAAACCACUUGCCUUCCAGUGGCACGUCCACACCGUCAUCUGUGGUGGACAUCCCACCCCCCUUUGAUCUGGCCUGCAUCACCAAGAAGCCCAUCACAAAGAGUUCGCCCUCACUCCUGACAGAGAGCCACUCCCCAGACCCACCCACCAAAAAGAAGAAGUCCUCCUUUAAGCAGUUCUUGGCGCUGACAUUCAAGAAGAAGGUGGAGAGCAAGGUGCACGUGGAGGUGAAUGUGUCCUCCUCCCGGUCCUCCUCAGAGUCCAGCUACCAUGGGCCUGCCCGGCUCCUGGACAUGGAGCGGAGAAGCCUCAGUAACUCACCUCAGCUCAAGUCUCGGACGGGGAAGCUCCGCGCUUCUGAGUCCCCCUCCUCCCUCAUCUUCUACAGGGAUGCCAAGAGGAGAGGUGUCCCCUUCAGCAGGACAGUGUCCAGAGUGGAGUCCUUCGAAGACCGUUCCCGGCCUCCCUUCCUGCCCUUGCCACUGACCAAGCCACGGUCCAUCUCCUUUCCCAAUGCGGACACUUCAGAUUAUGAGAACAUUCCAGCUAUGAACUCGGAUUAUGAAAAUAUCCAGAUUCCUCCGCGAAGGCCUGCAAGGGCUGGGACUUUCACGAAGCUCUUUGAAGAUCAGAGCAGAGCCCUGUCCACAGCGAAUGAGAAUGAUGGUUAUGUGGAUAUGAGCAGUUUCAAUGCCUUUGAGAGCAAGCAGCAGAGUGCAGACCAGGACACAGAAAGUGCCUACACAGAACCCUACAAGGUCUGUCCCAUCUCGGCUGCAGCCCCCAAAGAGGACCUCACAUCGGACGAAGAGCAGGCAAGCUCGGAGGAAGAGGAGAGUGCUCCUAGAGGCCCCAGCCUCACCCACAAGGUGGAAGGACAGUCUAGAGCCCACGUCAUCGCACAGGAAUUGCUGUCUUCAGAGAAAAUAUACGUGGAGAUGCUCCAGCACUUACAUCUGGAUUUCCACGGAGCUAUCAUGAGGACCUUGGAUGAGAUGGACCAAGAAGGCAAGGAUACUGUCUCCAGAGAGGCACUGAGGCUUGGCUUGAGCUACCUCCCAGCCAUCCAUGAGCUUCACCGAGGGAUCCUGGAACAGCUGGAGGAGAGGCUGGAACACUGGGAGGGCCAGCAGAAGGUGGCUGACAUCUUCCUGGCGCAGGAGCAAGGUUUUGACCACCAUGCGGCUCACGUCCUGCAGUUCGACAGGUACCUGGGUCUGCUCAAUGAGAACUGCCGCCACUCUCCACGGCUGGCAGCUGCUGUCCGCGAGUUCGAGGGUCUGCAAGAAGAGGAGGACCGGAACGUGAAACAUUGGCUGCUGCGAGUGGUCCAGCGCCUCUUCCAGUACCAAGUGCUCCUCACAGACUAUCUCAAUAACCUUUGCCCGGACUCGACAGAAUAUCAGAACACUCAGGGAGCACUGACCCUUAUCUCCAAAGUCACAGACUGUGUCCACGACAGCAUGGAGCAAGGGGAAAAUCUGCAGAAGCUGGUCCACAUCGAGUACAGUGUCCAGGGCCAAGGGGAUCUCCUCCAGCCAGGAAGGGAGUUUCUGAAGGAAGGAACGCUGAUGAAAGUAACAGGGAAAAACAGACGCCCACGGCACCUGUUUUUGAUGAGCGAUGUGCUCCUCUACACUUACCCCCAGAAGGACGGCAAGUAUCGGCUGAAGAGCUCAUUGGUGGUAGCCAGCAUGAAGGUCAGCCGUCCUGUAAUGGAGAAAGUGCCCUAUGCGCUAAGGAUCGAGACUGCCGAGUCCUGUCUCACCCUGUCUGCAAGCUCCUGUGCAGAGAGGGACGAGUGGUACAGCUGUCUAAGCAGGGCCCUACCCGAGGACUACAAGGCACAAGCCCUGGCUGUGUUCCACCACAGUGUGGAGAUGCGAGAGCGGCUGGGUGUGAGCCUGGGCGAGAGGCCCCCCACGUUGGUGCCUGUCACCCACGUCAUGAUGUGCAUGAACUGCGGCUGCGACUUCUCCCUCACACUGAGGCGCCAUCACUGCCACGCCUGUGGAAAGAUCGUGUGCCGCAAGUGUUCACGCAACAAGUACCCCCUGAAGUACCUCAAGGACCGGAUGGCCAAGGUCUGCGAUGGCUGCUACGGGAAGUUGAAGAAGAGAGGUGGAGACUUCGUGGGCCUGAUGCGAGAGCGGCCUGUGAGCAUGAGUUUCCCUCUGUCCUCCCCCCGCUUCUCGGGCAGUGCCUUCUCAUCCGUCUUCCACAGCAUCAACCCCUCAACCUUCAGGAAACAGAAGAAAAUCCCUUCCGCCCUGGCUGAGGUGGCUGCCUCUGGAGAGGGUUCGGCCAUCAGCGGCUAUCUCAGCCGGAAUAAGAAGGGCAAGAGGCACUGGAAGAAGCUGUGGUUUGUCAUCAAAGGCAAAGUUCUCUACACCUACAUGGCCAGCGAGGACAAAGUUGCCAUGGAGAGUAUGCCUCUGCUGGGCUUCACCAUUGUACCAGAGAAGGAAGAGGGCAGCAGUGAAGUAGGGCCCAUUUUUCACCUUUACCACAAGAAAACUCUAUUUUAUAGCUUCAAGGCCGAGGAUACCAGUGCAGCUCAGAGAUGGAUUGAAGCCAUGGACGAAGCUAGUGUGUUAUAG